CAGAACCCAUUCAGCCAACAGCUGGAGUAAUGUGCAGACAUUGACAGCACUUACACCAAAUAAACAGCAAACAGAAUCUACCAAUUCUUGGUGACAGGAAGACUAAGAACAAUUUCUAACAGCUGCUAUCAAACCACACAAGGCAAUCUUCAAUUUCCUGAGAGUGCGGCCUGCAGCGUCUCUGUACGAUGUGGCUGUGUCUGUGCUCACUGCUGUCUCUGUCAGCCGGAACCUUCGGACACAACCCUGCCAUUAAAGCUGUUCUUACUGAUAAGGGACUUCAGUAUGGUGCCCGUGUUGUGAUGGACUGGCUGCAGAGCAGGAUUGAGCAGAUGUCAGUUCCUGAUAUCAGCGGAAGAAUCAGCAUUGGCUUCCUGGGCUCUGUGCACUACACCCUCAGCAACAUAAAUGUGGUUCAGGUCGACCUCCCUGUACCCAUAGUGGCUUUCUCUGAGGGCACUGGCAUCAAGAUGGCUGUGAGUGGAUUCAACAUUGCACUGCAUGGGAACUGGCACACUAGCUUCCACAUAAUAAGAGACGGAGGCACCUUUGACCUGGCGGUGUAUAACAUAGACCUGUCCUCUCUGCUGCGCCUGCGCAGCGAUGAGCAGGGUCACCCGUCCAUCUCCACUGUGCAGUGCGACUCCAACAUUGGGGGAACCGAGAUGAACUUCUAUGGAGGUGCCAGCUGGAUCUUCAAGCACUUUGUGAGCAGAUUCGAGGGUUACAUAAACGCACAGAUUAAGGAGAGGAUCUGUCCAAUGAUUGAACAGAACAUUGAGAGUUUGGAGAGCCAUCUAGCCGCCAUGAAAGUCUCCUUUCAGGUGACCCCCAACUUACUCAUAGAGAUCCCACUGCUGAGCCCCCCACUGGUACAAAGCACCAGCACAGAGAUGGACUUUAAGGGCGAAUUCUACAGUGUCAAAGGUCACACAGAGCCUCCAUUUGCUGCUGGGCCCUUCCAGCUUCCCGGUGUAGAGCACUGCAUGGUGACACUGGGUGUGUCCGAGUUCUGUGCUAACUCCGCCACAUUCGCCUACUUCUCUGCAGGACUCCUACAAAAAAACAUCACUGACAGCAUGAUUCCCAAGCUCUCCCCUAUCCGUCUUAACACCACCAGCUUUGGGACUUUCAUCCCACAGCUCCCCAAACUGUUCCCCAACAUGCUGAUGCUGCUCCAGGUUUUUGCAGCCAACAUGCCCACAGUCUCCUUCCUGCCGGACAGCGUGACCUUGGGGCUGUUUGGGUCAGUCAAGGCCUACGCCAUCAAGCCUGACUCCUCUCUGGCACCUCUCUUCAGAUUGGACAUGAAUGCCAGCUUCAGUGGCAGGUUUUUCAUAGUCGACAAGAUGCUGAGGGGAGCUCUGGCACUGGACAAUAUGACACUGGCCCUGGGCUCCAGUGAAAUAGGGACAUUCCAGACGGCGUCUCUGGCAGUCGCACUGCAGACAGCAAUAAAUAUGGCCGUGCUGCCAGAACUGAAUGCUAAACUGAAGACUGGCAUUCCCUUACCAGAGACCAAGUAUGUGCAAUGGGUUAAUCCCGUCCUGAAAGUGAAUAAGGGCUUUGUGAUGCUUGCUACAGACACAAAAAUCUCCCCCCCAGGGGAUCAGGAGCGCUGAAGAGAUGCCAACUAUCAAGUUCUUGGAUUUUAGCACAUGAAUUCCUGCUCCAAUCAACCAUUAUUUUGAAAAUGCAUACAUUUGCUUUCUACAUAAAUAAUUCUCAUAAUUACAGCAUAUUCCUAAGGUGUAUAUUUGCUUUUCAGUUUUGUCAUUCUGUUCUGGAAACUAACUUCAUUCCCUAAAGGCAAUACUAAAUGUACAAGUCUGGAUAAGAGCCUCAGCUAAAUGACUAAUGUAAUUUAAUGUGCGUAACAGGACUGUUGAAAUGAUCAUUUCACAAAUACAUUUUAACAAUAAGACACCAC